GACCCAAACGAAUAUUUGCAGAUUUGGUUAACAUAUUUGGAUUGUUUGAGACGUAAAACCAAUUGGAAAGACGAGAAGGAAGUGAAAAGUUUGAGAAACACUUUCGAGAAAGCGGUCGAACACUUGUCUAACAUCGAGAGCGCGGACCCCAACUGUUCGGUCCUUCAAUACUGGGCUAAAAUUGAGGCCAAAUAUUGCUCUAAUGUAGAGAAAGCGCGGGAACUGUGGAAUCAAUUGAUGACCACUCGAUCCGAUAUCGCAUCUCAAGCGCAGAAUUGGCUUUCGUUCUCACGUUUAGAGAGACUUUUUGGAGACGACAAACACUACAGGAAAGUACUGUUAAGAGGAUUGACGACAUCCUCUGAUUGGCCCGAAAGUAUCGGACAAAUACUUCUCGAGUUUGAGCGCGAAGAAGGCGUUUCCAUAGAUUCGUUCGACGAAGUGAUGCACAAAUACGAAACUGUGAUGAAGAAAGUGAGCGAAAAGCGCAUCAAAAGUGCCGAAAGAGAGGCCGAAGAGAAGAAACGACAAAAAACUAACAAAAAGUAUGAGAAAUACGAGCAGAAAAAAGCGGCCAAACGGACAGCCGAACAAUCGGAUGCGGACACAACUCAGAAGACCUCGACUUUAGAUGUGGAUUCCGAUGGCUUUAAAGUGCCGCAAACGUCAACCUCUGUGUCGCCAAUGAAGAAGUCAAGAGUGGAGACGAGUAGUGAAAAGGAUUGCAAACAAACUAAACCUCGAGAAGAAAGGGAUAGAAACGUGAAUACAAGAGAAGAGACGCCUAGGGAUGAGCCCAAACAUGGGGUCUCCUAUAGAGGCGACGGCUCUAAAGACUUGCAGACAGUAUUCAUCAGUAAUUUGAACUUUAAUACAAACGAAGAUCAAUUGAAGGAAGCGUUGGGAAAGUUUGGCCAAAUCGAUGACUUGCGGUUAGUUCGCAACUAUAAGGGGUUGUCUAAGGGUUACGCUUAUGUUGAAUACGCGUCCAUCGAAUCGGUGAGAGAGGCCCUCAAACACGACAGAAUGCCAUUAGAGGGGAGACCAGUCUUUAUCACAGAAAUGGGCAAACGAUCCAAAUUUAGUUUCAGUACUUCCAUAGAAAAGCAUAAGAUAUUUGUGAAGAAUAUAUCGCCAGAAGUGACGGUCGAAACUCUGAAUCAAGUGUUUUCCAAAUACGGGUCACUGAAAGACGUCCGUUUGGUCACCUAUAGGAACGGCCACUCAAAGGGAUGCGCUUAUAUUGAAUACAACGACGAGUCGUCCGCUUUGCUCGCCGUUAAAGAAGCCGAUGGACUGCUUGUGGCCGAUAAGAACAUAAUCGUCGCCAUAAGUAAUCCUAAUAAUAGAUCCAAUACUCGCGAUGACAGAGAUUUGUCGACUCAAAACUUCAAUGGAAAUCCAAACGAGUCGAGGUAUUCAAAGACCAGAAUCAAUGCGCCGAUGAUUCCGAUGGCGAUCCGCAGACAACGACAAACACAGAACGGAAAUAACGAGUCGCCGGCGGCCAACAGUUCCGGCAGUUCUGCCUUAAGUAACACUGAUUUCCGAAAUAUGCUUUUGGGCAACAAAUAAACACUAAUUGUAAUAUAAAUGUCACCCAAUUAUUAUGUAAUAUAUAUCGCGUUCACUACCAAUAAAUACCUGAUUACUAAACA